AGUACACCUGGCAGGUGGAGAUUUGCAGACGUCAUGUGCUGUGUGCUGCACCCCCUUCCUCCCAGCAGCCGCACCCAUUGAAAGCGGAUGCCGAGCUCACAUUUCAGACCUUUCCUGUAAAAUAACGUAGAAAAAGAAAUCAAAUCAGUGAACUGCGUGAAGUGUCAGCCCAAAGGUUUCAGUUCUUAUUUUGAACCAGUCCAGCGUGCGGAUGGUGAUGCCUUAUACACCAGCAGCUAGCUCAGGAUUUCAAUAGCUGCUUGGUUCCAGCUCAUAGGCUGGUGCCUGGAUUUACAUUAGGGGUAUUUAAACACUCAGAUGCAUGGAGCAAGGGGGAUGGCUUUGGAGGCCAGCCGUCCCUCUCACUGGAUACCGUAUGAGCCUCCCACCAAGGGACUGUACAACCUAAUAAAGCAAGUGACGCUAGUAACCCCGGAAUUGGUGCAAAAUCCAUGCCGGUGGUGGUGGUAUGUGUGCUUAGGUGUGUGAGGAGCUUUAAUCUGGAUAGUUAAAUGCUGUCUGAAAAGGAGGGAGAAUGGGAACUGCCUGGGGAGGGAGAGCAGAUAGCAGGGACUUAACCUGUGUUGCAAAGCCAGAAGUGCCAGGUGCCAGUGAGUGCUUCACACACACCUGAGUCAGGGGCAGGUCCUGCAGCUACAUACCUCCACUGGGGCCUCAGGCGAUAGCUGAUUGGACUGUGCUCUUAGGCAGGUUGGGACGGGGAGCCAGGCCAGACCUUGCUGUAUUUCCUGGCUUUAGCCCACCCAGCCUCCUCCUACUCUCAUAGUCUGUAUGUGGGGCCUUACGCUGUCCAGCCCAGAAGAAAGUGGGUCUGUUAGCUAACAGAGUCCAUUGAAGAAGGAGCCCCUUGCAUCACUUCCUGCUCAGGCCUUUCCCGCUCUCUUGAGAGCAGCAGGACAGAAGCCUCCUUGAGCAGGAGGAAUGAAUCAGGUGAGGAUGGCAGAGAAGAUCCUUGUGACAGGUGGAGCUGGGUACAUCGGCAGCCACUGCGUGCUGGAGCUGGUGGAAGCUGGCUAUAUCCCUGUAGUGAUCGAUAACUUCCACAAUGCCAUCCGAGGGGGAGAUGCUCUUCCCGAAAGCCUGCAGCGCGUGCAGGAGAUUGUGGGCAAGAAGAUUCUUUUCCAGGAGCUGGAUAUCCUUGAUGAGGCAGCUCUGCGGGAGCUCUUUCAGAAGCACCAUUUUUCAGCUGUGAUGCACUUUGCGGGGCUGAAGGCCGUUGGGGAGUCCGUUCAGAAACCCCUGGAGUAUUACAAGGUGAACCUCACGGGGACCAUUCGACUGCUGGAGACAAUGAAAGCACACGGGGUGAGGGACAUUGUGUUCAGCAGCUCAGCCACGGUGUACGGAGACCCUGCCUACCUCCCGCUGGACGAGAACCACCCGGUUGGGGGCUGCACCAACCCCUACGGCAAAUCCAAGUACUUCAUUGAGGAGAUGAUACGAGACCUGUGCAAGGCCGAAAAGGACUGGAAUGCCAUUCUCCUCCGGUAUUUCAAUCCCAUCGGAGCCCAUGAGUCAGGAAGAAUCGGAGAAGAUCCCCAGGGAAUCCCCAACAAUCUGAUGCCCUACGUUGCUCAAGUGGCAGUGGGGCGCCGGGAAUACCUGAGCGUGUUUGGGGAUGAUUACAAGACAGCUGACGGAACAGGUGUCAGGGAUUAUAUUCAUGUCGUGGAUCUAGCCAAAGGCCACAUCGCUGCUCUGAAGAAACUGAAAGAAAACUGUGGCUGCAAGAUCUACAACCUGGGCACAGGCUGCGGUUACUCCGUCCUGCAGAUGAUCAAAGCCAUGAAGAAAGCAUCAGGAAGAGAGAUAAAGUACAAGAUCACGGCACGGCGGGAGGGGGACAUCGCUGCCUGCUACGCUGACCCCGCCCUGGCCGAGCAGGAGCUGGGCUGGAAAGCUGCCUUCGGGCUGGACAAGAUGUGUGAAGAUUUGUGGCGGUGGCAGGUGCAGAAUCCCACAGGCUUCAGCAACAACUAGAGCGUCGGCCCUGGGGAGCAGCCAGGAUGCUGCCGGCUCGCCAGUCUGUCCUCAGAGAGCUGCAGUUGCUUUGUCUGUGGGGGUGGGCCGGCCUGAGUCAUACUGGGCCAGUGACAUUUUCCCCUUUUAACCAGGAGCUGACUUUACUCAUGGAACAGGGCAGUCAAGAAACAGUCUAAGGCCUGGCCUCAGGGGGAAGGAAGCCCCUGGCUCUGCAGCAGCAGAGGGCUGAGCAGAGCCCAGCCACACCUAGCAGAACUUGCACAGCUUAAAACAUCACAGCACGACUCAGUGGGGUCCCCCAGAGCAGGAACAGACACCUCCCCCACUUAAGCCAUGCUGGGCUCUGGCACGGAGGGGGUUGCUCCUUCAGCUGCUGCUUCCCUCACUGCAGAGAUGGUCACUGAGCACAGGCCUUUCCCUCUAACCUACCUCACAAGGACAGGACCCCCCCACCCACUGCAGCUUCCUAUGGGCCAGGCCAUCUCUUCAGCAUUUUCAUAUACACAAGCCCCUCCUGCCCCUGGGGUCCUAGUUCCCUGUGCGUGGGAACAUCUUCCCCGCUCCCGGGGGGGUUCUAUCUUCCACCUUUUGGGGCUUGGGCACUGCCAUUUCCCUUCCCCCUGGAGCAGUUUGCUCCCUGCCUCAGUUCCCUCACCCUUGUCUGUAAGGGACCAAAUGAGAUUUUUGUUGUCUGGCGGACACAGGAGCCAGGGCCUGGUGCUUAUGAGUCUCUUGUGUCACAUUGCGCUAAGCUAGCUCUGUGGUGUUCAAUGGCCAGGCACAGGGGUG